GGAAAACUUAAUGCACCAAUAAGGAAGGGUUUGAAAACUUCACAGAAAUUCUACUGCUGUCCUAUUGAAGGCUGCCCUAGAGGACCAAACAGACCAUUUUCCCAAUUUUCUCUUGUAAAACAGCACUUUAUGAAAAUGCAUGCUGAAAAGAAGCACAAAUGUGAUAAAUGUAGUAAUUCCUAUGGUACAGAAUGGUAUUUGAAACGGCAUAUAGAGGUCUGUGGCAAGACUUUCCAGUGUACUUGUGGGUGCCCUUAUGCCAGCAGAACAGCAUUACUGUCUCAUAUUUACAGAACUGGCCACGAAAUUCCUGCCGAACACAGGGAUCCUCCUAGUAAGAAAAGGAAAAUGGAAUCCUCCGUACAUAAUCAGCAGCUGGCAGAGAAAGCAAAUGAAGCAUUCAUCAAUACACAGAACAAUAAUCCUGGCACUCAGGAAUUGGAGUCCUCUGAAGUGAAAGUAGUGGCCUCUCUUGAAGGCAGUUCUAACUUCACGAACCAAAUGCAGCCAAAAUGUACACCGAAGAUGCUUCUACCAAAGCCCAAGGUGGCUUUGGUUAAACUUCCAGUGAUGCAGCUUGCUCACUUGCCUAUAUAUGUGUCUGCAACAGACUCUUCCGUCAAACCUGCUGUAGUGGCUGUUGAUAAUCAAGGUUCAGUUGUAAGUACUGUUCAUUUAUUGCCCCAAUCUAUAGGAAUUCUGAUUCCAGCACUGGAGGCAGAAACACUUGUAUUUAAAGAUAGUAUACCUGUUUCAAAAGUGACAAAUUCUGGUGAUCAUGAACCAGUAAGUACUGGUGUACAAGUUGAGUGGGAUAAGGUUACGUCGAAUAACACAGGGCAAGAGCUGGGGAAUGUUUGUCACAAGAAUAAAAUUUCUUCAAUAAAUAUACAGACUGAUUUAUCUUACAUUUCACAGAACUUUGUACCUGCUGCAGCCUGGACUCCCAAUUCUUCUGUAUCCUCUUGCUCUCAGACAGAUCUGUCAUUCAGUUCACAGGUUUCGUUACCCAUCAGUGUACAAACACAGACGCUGCUGCCUGCUUCCAAACUGACUUCAUCCAUAGCUGCUCAGACUGAUGCUUUUAGUCAGGUUUGUUUUCCAACGUGUGGCGUUUCUAGGGAGACUCAAACUAGUAGGACACAGGACUCUAUUGAUGGAAGAGUGCAAAUGGACCAGGCUGUAAUGUGCAGUGACAUCUUUGACAACGUUCAUUCAUCAUACAAUGUUUCUACUCACAUUGAACUUCCAGAAAACAAUUUAAUGCCUGCAAAUAUAGAUCAAACCUUGCUGCAAAGGAGUAAUUGUAAGAGCCUGAAUCAAGAUACGGUGAAGUCUGAAUCCCUUAUCGGCUUCAAUACACAGACUAAUAUACUUCCACCUCAAAAUACGAUGGAUAAUCAAACGCAGACAAUGGACCUACUAAGUGAUCUGGAGAACAUCUUUUCAGGAAACAUGUCUGGCCAGACACUGGAUAAUCGUGGCCUUUUGUCUGAGACAAGUUCUAAUGCUGACACACACCUGCCAUCUGGUCCAUCACAGAGCACAGGAAUAGACUUUGACAUUGAAGAGUUCUUUUCAGCAUCCAAUAUCCAAACUCAGACUGAAGAGAGUGAGCUCGGUACCCUAAACUCUGAGCCAGUUUUGGAGUCACUGGACAUUGAAACUCAGACUGAUUUCUUAUUUUCAGAUAGUGCCACUCAAUCAUAUAGCUGCCGAGGAAAUUCUAACUUCUUAGGUUUGGAGAUGUUUGAUACACAGACACAGACAGACUUGAAUUUCUUUUUGGACAGUAAUACCCAUUUGCCUUUAGGAAAUAUUCUGAAGCAGUCUAGUUUCUCCAUGAGUACUGACUCAUCUGAUACAGAAACCCAGACAGAAGUAUAUCCAGCUACUAAAAACAUACCAACUCAGAAUAUUGAAAGCAAAGUCCAGCUCAGUAGCGCUGAAACACAGACUAUGGAUAGCUGCUUUGAGAAUCUAGGGAGUUUAUUCCUUACCAGCAAUGAGACACAGACAGCAAUGGAUGACUUUCUUCUGGCUGACUUAGCCUGGAAUACAAUGGAGUCCCAGUUCAGUUCAGUAGAAACACAGACCUGUGAAGAGCUGUGCUCCUUGUUUCAGAGCUCUGACAAGCCCAGCCAUUGAGUACUACGUAAUAUAACUGUUUCCUGUGGUUUGAAAUUAAGUUAUUGGGGUGGGAGAGAUGGCUUGACCAAGUUAUCUACUUUGCAUUAUUGAAUGUAGUUUAUCGUGAGCAGUUGGCCUAAGAGACUUUUCAUGCUGAAGGUACUCUAUUGAAUAUGUAACUUUACAUAAGCUAUGUGUGUAUAAAUGGGGGGAAGGGGGGGCUGAAACAUGUUAAUGUACAUUUGAACCUUAAAAAAAAAAAAAAAAGAAUUAUGUGGUGCCUAUGUUCAAACUUCUUUGCAAAGCUGAUACUGCUUUAAUUUAAACAGAAGAACUUUUAAAGUUGUUCUAUAUAUCUGUCUCUACCUAUUCCUGGCUUACAUAUAGGGUUCCAAUGUGCUGGACCAAAACCCUGACCUGUCCAAUUCAGAUGUUUCCCUGAACUUACGGGGGAGGAUUCUGUUAGUGUAAGCUACUUCUGUUUACUUUUUUUAGUAGCUUGUAUUUUAAAUCCGGCAUGAACAUAAGCUGUAUUGUCUUCUUUUACUUUAUGCUUUCACAGCUCUUUCUCCUGCAUAAGUUGGUAUUUUCCAACUACCUGUCCAACACAUUAGAGACAUAUAGACUCUUGAAUUGUUGAAUAUAUUUAUUAUUAAACACACAUAGAAAGCAGUACUUUUAAAAUUUUUUUCCCUGAGUGGCACUGAUGACCUUUGAAGGGUAGGAAAAGAACUUGGAAUACAUAUUAUAGGAAAAAUUAGUAUGUCGUCCUUUUAGCUAGUGUAAUAAAUGGGACUAACAUUUUUAGAGUCUUCAGGAGGGAUUUGCUUAAAUUAUUUAUGUCUGUAAGAUGCAAAUGUUACAAUGUGUGUGCCUCAAAGACUGGAAUAAUUUGUUUUCACUGAAAUUCUCCUAGCUUUAUGAAGAUAUAAGUGGAGAAAUGUUACAGUGGUUUAUACCUCUAUUACCUUAACAGAAGUCUUUAGAAAUGGGAAAUUAAAUUCUCUAAAAUACUCACCUAAACUCCUGGUUUUGGACUUCCUGCUUCCAAAAACAAUUGGAAUCCGUACAACAGAGCUGGGAGAUCAGCUCACAGAAGCCCUUUCAGAAGAGGUGUAUCUUGCUUUUGCACGUUGAUCUGCAGCCCUCAGUUCCUGCAGCUUUCAGGGAGUUUUUCUGAGUAUAGUCAAAUUCAAACAAACUGAUUUUUCAGAGAAGAAACAUGUGACCUUGGAAUUUUUUUGAAUGUUCAUCUUGCCCCUCAGUACUGCAUUGUUUGCAGUAUUUUUCAUUUGCAUGACAAAAAUUAAGCCAGUUGUGAAUGUAUGUUGGAAUUUGACCUUAACUAAUUUUUCUCUCUUACUAUAAUACCUGCAAAAUGUAGGCCUCUGGUUUUGUCCUGGACAGGGUUUAGUUUCUGUUACCUUAAAUGAAAAGAGAAACCACUUCGUGUCAAGUUCCUGGGCCUGUAACAGACUUUACUCCUCCACUGUGCGAGGAGAGGUAUUGGCUGCAUAUUUACUAGGCAGCACAUCAGUAAAUGUAUGUCCAAGCCUUAGUUUUUGAAGACUCGCUGUGCUUUGUGCUUCAUAUCCUCAACUCAAGGAUGUGGGAGUUAAGUUACUCAUCCACUGCAGCUAGCUUGUUUUGUUGAAAAUGAGCAAUACCUUUUUUUUUUUUUGUCUCUUCCUACCACUCUUUAAAUUGCCAUAGUUAACACGCUAAUAUGGUAAGCAUCUCUACUUUUACUGGAAAUAAUCUCUUUAGAUUAACCCUGAAGCUCAUAUUUUCCUCCUGAAAAACUCCUGAAACCACAGCUAUGUUGCCUGUUUAAUUUUUCAACAUUUCUAGGUGUGAGUUCAGACACUUCCAGUCUUUGGCUGAAGAAACUGCAGAAAGGAAUCUUGCAGUUCCCCCAGGAGUACAGUAAUUCUGCUCUGGGGAAAGUCCCCCCAGGUUUCAUAAUGCCUGGAGUUCUGAUCUUAAAGGUGGGAUAUAUUAAAAAAAGGAAGACAUCGCUUGUAAUUCUGUUUCUUCUGAAGAUGUGGCUCAUUCAUAUUUACCUACCUACUUUGAAACUGGGCAAUAAGACAAAUGACAAAAUUAGGUUAAUUUAUUCUAUUGCAGUAUUUUUCUAGUAAUGUUGCAUCUUCAGGUUUUAAAUUGUUUUUCCUUCUCCUUUCUUCCCCCUGGCUAGAAUACCAGAGAACAUUUCUUCAUACAUAGGCUUCUGUGUUUCCCAUGUGCAAGUUGUCUGUAGUGAUGCAUGAAAGAGAAGCAGUUACUAUAAAUCUGGUUGGGGAAAACUGCAUUUUCCACAGCCGUAGAAGGCAGAAGUGAGAAACUGUUCAUUACCUAUGAAUUCAGAAAGUCUGUCUUUUUUCUGCAAGAGAAGGAAUCUUAGGUGAUGAGGAGCAGAAUUACAGAAGGCUUUGAAUUGUAGCCAUCUGAAAGACCAGCUAGCAUCUAAAGAACUUUGAAACUAAUUUACAAAUCAAAAUGAGAAUUGCCAUGUUCUUAUGGUGUAAGCCAAAGCUCUUAACAUCAGUGACUAUCGGGAAAAAACCUAAGGUUUGUGUGGACGCAAUCUUACAAUGUAAUUGUUACUCAUUUAUUGUACUUUGUAAUUAAAAGUAUUUAUGAGCUUUGUGUGUUUUAUUGGAACAUGCAAAUAGCAUUUCCUUCCCUCAUCCUAGGGGUUUAAAAUAGUUUGAACUUUAAUUAGGUGAACACAGUACUACAGUAUGAAAUUAUUUAUUGAAAGUGCAGUAUUAAGAAAUUAUUAAAUAUGUCUGCAUUGUCUUUGGGAAGUGGCUCAUUCUGACCAAAAUUAACAACUUCACAAAUUUGGUUCGCCAUAAAUUAUUCAUAGAAUUCAGAAACAGGUUUGGAUGCUAUGUUGCUGGCAUAUGUCGCUCAGUUUGGAUUUAUUAAGUAUUUUUGUGAAAAUGUGAAGACUGCAACCAGACUUCAUAGUUUGCUGAAUCCCACAGUAAACCUAAUGAAACCUGAUCUGAAAUACUGUUGCUGAAUAUUAUGAAUUCUUCAAAUUUGAACAAGUUCUUUAAAAUGGCUAGUUUUCUAUUUUGGCUGCUGUUUUAAAAAUAAACUUCAGUCAGAACUAUUUCUUGAUAGUACUAAAAUGAUACUUAUCUCCCUUUUUCUGCAGUAUGUCUCUGAUUUGAUUUUCAAGGCACUGUCUCUGUUGUAAGUAUUGGUCAGCAGUGGCUUACUACUUUGCUUAUUCUCUUUUGUAUCCUCUACUGCUAUUUGAACUGCUAUACAAAAAGUAACAUCAGAUUCUCCAUAGCCUCUUAGCACAGUUUUUUCUCUGGAAGUGAUACUAAUGUUACUUGUACUUACUCUUUGCAUUUCCUGCUUAAUUCUGUUAUGCUGUAAUUGCUGGAUCUUGAUCUGGCUGCCUGUGUAAUGCUACUCUAAAAUUGAAUUAGUAGUUUUGUAGUUUCACUUGAGCUUUUCUUUAGUAUAUAAAAAAAAUCAAACAAAUGAAACAGCGAAUUGGGGACACGCGUUCUAUGAGAACGUAAGCACAAAACAGCUGAAAAAUGAGAGGUCUGUCUUGUUGCCUUCCAUGUUUGUUUGUCACAAUGCUAGAAGUUUGUAUGACAUAGAUGUAUGUUUCUUCUACUUUUGGCUUUAUUUGCAUCUAUUUCCGCUAAUACACUUGUAAAUGCUUCUUUCUGCUUUGGGUAGGGAGGGAAUCCUCCCCCAACUCUUCGUGUCAGCCUAGAGAAAUUGGUAAUGUCAGAGUUUACUAACACUAGGUAUUCUUAGCUAUGCAAAGUUGCUUGUGUCUAGAAAAUUUUCACUUCCGAAGGAUAUGAAAUCUUAAAAAAAUAUAUACAUAUAUACUUGCAGCUGUAAAUUAAACAGCUGUAAAACAAGCCUUGUGAGACCUUGUCUAGUUUUGAACAAUUCAAUCAGUGUCUGUAACUUAAUGUAUGUAACUAGCACUCCUAACAAAUUUUUAUUCCAAGGUGCACACGCAGUCAUUUUUUCUGUUGAAAACAAAAGGCUGAAUUUCCCUGUUAGUCAUAUGUACCUUGAUUGUGUAGAGGCAACAGAAUAAAGGAAGAUGACCGCCUUCCACUGUUUUAAAUCCUUGACCUGCCAACACAUGCUCACGUGCUUAGUCAGAUCUGAAUUGAUUUUUUUUUUGUGAGGCUGGGUAGAGAUGUGUUGGCAGGAUUGGGAUCUUAGGAUGUUAGGGUUUUUUUAAUAGCCUUUCAAAUACCGGGUAAGUCAAUAGGACUAAUACAUACUGAAUCAACAUAGGGUGCUCAACUUGCAAAAGAAUAUGUUGCUGAAAUGACAACUCGGAGGUGAACCAAAUGUACUUGCCUUUAUCAUUAAGGUUGUACGGUUUCCUUUGCUUUAAUCUAUUUCUGACGUGUUGUUUUUUUAAACAUGAUCUUAAUGUACAGUUUACUGUUCCAAAUACAUUCACACCAAAAUGUUAACAUUCUGGGCCUUGCAAGCUUUUUCAUUCAUAUUUGGUUUAAGGUGCUGCUAUGCUUGUGUUCCCAGUAGAAUAGGCCUACUGUAAACAGACUUCUAUUAAUAACUGUAUGUGAACACUGUGAGGAUAGGGUUGUUUAAUGGUAGCAAGCUUCAAUGCAUGGUGCAAACAUGCAUCUUCUGUUUCUUUUGUUGUUUUUUAACAGUUGAUGUGAAUUUAAAUGUGUGCUAGAAGGACUUGCUGCUUAAAGCAUGACUGAAUUUUCUUGUUUAAAAUGCCAUUGCUAUGCAAUGAACAGAAUCAAGGAACCACAUUGUUCAACUCUGCAUUGCCUUGCAGUCGGGUUGAGGGUAUGUUUGUAUUUGUGUGCGUGACUCUUCCACUUUGCCGAAAAUGUAAUCGGACAUCCUGAAACAGUGGAAACUCCUGAAGGAACUGCUGAGUUAAAUAACAGAAGUCCUUUACUUCUGAUUCUUUUUCAUAUACUGGCUUUACAGCAGUAUCUUCAACAUAACUAGCAAUGGAAUAUAAUAGAUGACUUGUGAUGAUGUAAACUGUACAUUUCACAACAACUAAUGCUUUACAUGCAUGCUUCAAGCACUUGCAUGCAGAGCUAGAUUGACAGUACUUCCAUCUACAGAGAUUUGCAAGUGCAUCUAUGAUAAAGAUAGAUAUGAAGGAUAGCCAUAUUUUUUUCAGCUUAUGGAAUUCAACACCGGAUUAUGAUCUAAUUUAAACUUGUAAUUAUUUGGAACGGAUGAGUAAUAAAUCUCAUGGGUGAGUCUUUCCCAAAGCAUGUGUGAGUUAAUCUCAGUAAGGCUGAGAAACAUCCUUAAAAUAUUUUUCUUCUCAUCACUGGUGGGAUUUUGAUCUAGUGGACAAAUUUAGUUUUCAAAGGAUGUCCAUGUUUAAUUCUUGCUAUUUAAGCCAGUAAACUUGCAAUGAGCAGACAAAAGCAAGCGUUCAUUCCUUAGACCUAUUUUACAAGUGACAAUCCCAAAGAAGGAAUGUUGUCGUAGUAAUUGUGAAACUUUUAAGUAUAUUCAUGCAUGCAGAGAAAACCUUGUGCCAAAAUACUGUUUCCUGUUUCCCUCUGUUGGAAACUGAAGUGUUAGACAAAGCUACUAGUAAGUUAUUCACAAGUAUUGAAACGUUUUGUUCACAAAUGAAGCACUUAUUUAGUCCUGUAAAUUAUACAUAUUUUGGAAUAAAGUUAACUUCAAUCA